AUGACCAGUGCUACGCUGGCCAAGCGCCAGCACCGCCCAGAGCCCGACACGAUGCUGCUGUCGCCCGAGCUUCUCGAGGCCAUUGCGACGUACGUGCCUGUCGACUGCAUGACGGCGUUCCUCGAGGCGCUCCCGAAGCAGCUGCGCACGCCGGCACUGCAACUCGCCACGACGCUGUCGCAUGCGCUCGGGCUCGAGGUCCUUUGGCCGACGCUCGAUGUUGCUUCUCUUACGCAGCUUGCGAAUGCUGACAACGUGCUCGCCCAGCUCCUGAUCGUCAACCCACGCCUUUGCAUCGAAUCGACCAUCGCACUGCCCGUUGUGCCGGUGGUCGCUACGCUGCCGCGCGCGUGGCCGACACUGGAACGUAUCUCGCUCACGAUUACAACAUGGACCAUGGACGCGCGUGCGCUAGCGACCGUCCAGCAAGUGUUCCUCGCCAAUGCGGCGUCGCUCCAAUCGAUCGACGUCUGUAUCGCGGCGCGGCCGAUCCCGCCUCCGGACGAGCGAUACGCGACGCAAAGCGCCAUUCUCACAGGGCUGGCGGACCUCCUCGUCUCGAUGCGUCGCGUGACCAAGCUUGCGCUGCGCGGUGCGUUCAAGGUGCGCUUUCCAGACGAGGCAGCUGCAACGCUCGCGGCAUGGAUCCAAGCGACGCCGCUCACGUCGCUCACGAUGACGAACGUGGACGAGGGCAGCGGAUCGACCUUGUCGCGCCACCUGACGCACCUCGACCUCCAGCUUCUGCCACCCUCCCAAAUGAGCUACGUGGUCGGGAGGCUCGUGAACAGUGCACUCGUGUCGCUGCACGUGCGUGCUUCGAACGAGAUGCAAGGCCCGGACGGUCGUGAUGAGCAGUGCUUUCUUGAUGACGACCUCCCGCGUCUGAAUCGGCUCACGACAUUGCGCUUGACCAACAUCCACCUCUCGACAACCCACUGCCUCACGCUCGCACUCCUCCUACCGCGCUACUCGCACCUCGGCCUCACGUCCAACAAGCUGCGCGACGCCGGUGUUCUUGCCCUCGCACCAUUCCUCCGACAUACAUCGCAGCUUGAGACGCUCUCGCUUGUCAACCAAAGCUUUGGUGAUGUUGGCGCAUCGGCGCUCUCGACUGCGCUGGUGCACACACCCCGUCUACGCACACUGGAUCUCAGCCGCAACAACAUCAAGCGCGCAGGCGCCAUGGCGCUGAGCUGCCUCCUCGCACAUCUUCCGCGGCUGGCGACUGUGCGCUUGCAAGGCAACCCGCUGGAUGCGAACGGCGUCGUUGCGCUUUUGCUCGCGUAG